GCAGGUUUAAGCAGGUCUAUUCCAACAAAAAUAAACAACAGAUUAAUAAAUAAUUAACAAAAAAGGCUAUUAUUUAAACAAUUUAAUAAUGAGCUCUAAAGAUAAGGAAUUGUCCAAGUCCAAGUUUAAGUCGUUUCUAAAAAAUGCAAAAAAUCCACCAGGUUCCAAUGACAGAUGCCUGAGGCCAGAAAUCGAAUGGGAACUCAGGCCCGAACAGCCAGUGGCCCAAAGAUGUAAAAUAUUAAAAGAUCUAAGUGAGGUGCAUUUACAGUCCUGCAAUCUGGAUGAGACCACCAUUAUAAAACUUUGGGAUGUUACCAAAGAUUUAUUAGUGCCUACCAAAUCCUCCGAAUGCCGCCAGACUGCUUUGACUUUCUACAAACGUUUGAUUUAUACCCAAUACAAGAAUCUCACCUAUAUGCGUGAGCAGUUCUUUUUGGUCAUACAAAAUCAUGAGGUGCCUGAAGAUCUUAAACAUAGAUUGGAACUGUUGGAUACUUUGACGGAAAAUGGCAAGGAUAUUAAGAAUCUAGAGGAAAAGAUAGGACGCUUUAUGUUAAUGUGGCUGCAUGCCAUUGAACAGGCCAAUCUUCUGCGACCUUAUUUAGAUAUGCUGGUCAAUUUGAUUAAAUUUAAUGCCGCUCAUUUGGAUAAUGACAUUAUUAUUGGUAUAGUGCAAAAUGCCUGCAAUUUAAGCUGUUCUGUUUCGGAUGAAGACAUUGGCUUACAAUGUUUAUCCAUUUUGGAAAUGGUUAUGAGCUAUACCAUUUUUCCUAGUGAUCCUUUGCCACUAUUUGUUUUUACCUUAUGUCGCACGGUUAAUAUUGGUCCAUAUUGUCAUCCAUCGUGGAAGAUCAUGAAAAAUCUCUUGGGCACCGAGCUGGGUUAUCAUUCCAUGAAAAUGAUGUGCAACAUUUUAAACGAUCGCAAUCUAUAUGAGGAUAAUUUUCUGCUAAGAGGUGCCGUUUUUCAUUUGAAUAUGAAUAUUUUUGGUGCGCCCAUGGUUUUUCAAGUGUCACCAUUAUUCUAUGCCUCCAUGGUGUUGAAUAGUUUUUUGAGGGCUCUGGAUAGUCGUCAUGUUAGUGUCACCUAUGAGGUUAUCAUUGGCAUACAUAUAGUGAUUACGAAGUAUAAAUCGGAAUUACCGGAAAUUAUCUGGGAUCGUAUAUGUGAUAUAAUGUCAGCCAUUGUGGAUAAUAUAGAGUAUUAUGAGGGUUUUUCCACCACAACCAAUGGCUUGCUGCAACUCAAAAGUCAUUUCCAUGACAACAUCAGCUGCAUUGAGAAACUUUUGGAGGAUGACAAAACCAAAAUUCUAGCCAACUAUGAGCGUAUUUAUGAUCUUAUUGAACGUGUUGCAGAAAGUAGACCCGAAACUUCCGUCUUACUCUUAAUCGAUUACCGAUCUUCGAAAAUAACUGCCACUAGGCCAGAAUGGUUACUGUUGCUUAACACCUUUGUGCAGCGUUUCUAUAAAAUGUCCAAUACUCCCAUACGUAUUAAGGUUAUACAGUCAUUGGUUAAUAUUAUGGAUUUGAAUCGUUCCUGCUAUGAGGAGGAAAUUUUAGAACGUGUUGUCAUUCCCCUGUUUGCUCAUAUAUGCAAUGAAACCGAUGUCCAGUUGAGAAGGGCCGUAGCAGAUGCUUUGAUAGAUUUCACUCGGCACUGUGAUACCAAACGUUGUGGGGAGUUAUUGGAUAUAUUGGAAAAGAUCAUAAAUCGUCCCUAUGAGCUGCACAAACAAUAUGGCACGGACAUUAAGACCGAGCAAGAGAUACAAGAUGUCAUAACCGCUGUAGACGGUUUAAUAGAAGUGUUUGUUAUAAAAUUGUAUCGUUUGCCCUCAAGUCAUGCCAUUAAAAUAUUCAAUAUAUUAGUGGGCCACUUGGAGUUGCACUAUCAGUAUCCCAAAGUGUUUGAUCAAGUCAAUGUGGUUAGAUAUAAGAUAUUUUGUUGGAUGUUAAAGGCUCGAGCUAAUGCUUCUUAUCAUAUUGGUUAUCCCGAUCCCACCAAUAAUGAUAGCAUCAAGUUUAGCUAUUAUUUGGGCAUUGAUUCUAGUCUGCCGGUACAUGAUAUUAGUCAUCAUCAUCAACGCCAUUCUAUAAUGUCCCAAUCGAAUCAUGAUGUUGUGCCAAAUGCUCAUUUUACCACGAUUUCUAUAAAAAGAGCUUGCGAGACUAUUGUCAAGUGUUUGGAGAAGGAUAGAGAUUUUCAAAUCUUCCAAUUGGUCAUCAAAGAACUUCCCAAAGUCAUGCAAAACAAAGCUUUGAUACAAGGCAACGAUGUAGAAUCCCUGGCAGCAGCUCUUUUCAAAACUAUAUCCGAGAGCAAUAAAGCUCUACAUGUGGUUUAUAAAUGUACCAUAGAUGAAUUAAACUCUCUGGUUUUACCCGCCAUAGCCGCACUCGUUAUCUACCAUCAACAUCUACAGCCCUCCAAUCAAUAUAAAAUAAUAGAAGUGCUUAAAAUGGGCAUCUCCAAUAUUGGCAGUGGUAUAGCCACUAUAGCUACAAUAUGCAUAAAUACCAUGACUACUAUCAUAUUGGAAAUGCCGGAGGCCUUAAUGCGUAAGCUGCCGGAUAUUUUACUGCAAAUGUCGAAAAUGUCCGAUACACCGCCAGUGGCCAUACCGGUAUUGGAUUUUUUGUCCAUACUCAGCCGUUUAUCUAAUGAUCUAUGCACUAAUUUUACUUCACGCCAGUAUAUGUAUGUCUUUGCCAUCUCUUUGCCCUACACCAAACCCCAUCGUUAUGAUCAUUAUGUGGUUUCAUUGGCUCAUCAUGUUAUUGCUGGUUGGUUUUUGAAGUGUAAACUGGAGUUGAGAAGAAAUUGUGUUAAUUACAUUAUAAAUUCUAUACAAUCAAAUGCCAGCAUGUUGUAUGAGGACAUUAAUAAUUUGACGCGUAAUGUUCAACGUCAAGAUUUCCAGAGUUUAAAUGAAGACUCCUCGAAUCGUAAGCGCAGUACCAGUUUAACCGAACGUGGUAGUCGUAAUACUGCCGCCACGAAUGCACGCAAUCAUUCCGAAAUGCGUCCUCUGAUGAAUGAGGGUUUAAAAUCGUUUCAUGCUGAGCUGGCUGAGACAUGUAUUGAUUUUUUGGCACGCCACACAUUUUCGCCCUGUUCAGCUUUGCCGAAAAGACUUCCCGCCGUGGAAUAUCUUUUGAAAGAUGGCCACUCUCAGACUUGGUUAGUUGGCCAUAAUUUGGUAACCAUUACCACUUCGGGCUGUCCUUCGGGACCAACACGUAAUGGUCUGUGUGAUCGUUGUUCUCAGCUGGGCAAAGCUUAUACUUUAAGUCCUAAAAAUAGCACCGAUACAAAUCCGGGUACCACACCCAUAUCACCGGAAAUUAAUCAUACACAGGGAGCUCCCACCUAUGAACACCGUUAUACCAAAGUUUCGCUGCAGCAUAGCAGCGGUAAUGAGUCGGCAGGCAGCACUGAUUUAACAUCAUCCUCUUCUUCGACUUCACACACCACACAACGGCAAACAUCCAAUAGUUCUACGGCUUCGCUAGAAGCAUUAUCUCGUCGUGGUUCCAAUCCCGAAGCGGGUAGCACAGAUUUGGGUGUGGGCAGUACAGCGGGAGGUGUGGGUGGCGGCAGUUGUACUUCUUUGUUGGGCAAUUCCUUGUCUUCCUCUAGUGUCUGUGCUUCGCCCAUAUGUGUGCGUUCCUGUACCGCCUGGGCAGAAAUAUUAAUACGUCGUCCUACCGGCAAUAUAUCUUGGAUCACACGCAUACAAAAUCCCUUAUCAAAUGAUUGCUUUGGUUAUGAUGUACCCUUUAGCAGCAUGGUUUCACUAUUCUUGCCCACCCAUCAUGGUGGUGUCUUUGGGCCAGAUUUCUUGCAGGCAGAAAAUCUAGAAGAAGUUAAUGCUGUAUCUAAAGAAAUUAAGGAAACCGUACAAAAUGAGCCUCUUAAACACGAACUAAGCAUGACAAAAUCUCUGGAAGAGAAACCCAAAACUGUGACCAAGGCUAGAGCUUUACAAAGACAAGAGGAGAUUUCUUCUUCGGUCCAGGCGGUGGCUGGUACACAGGCCAUAGACAUACCCAAAAUGACAGCGUCGGGUAAAAGAGGUAAAGAGGCCUUGUGUGGCAGUGUUAGUGAUGGUGAGGCCGAUGAGGAAUACUUGGCCAUAGAGGGAGGACAAAUGCGUGCACGCAAACCGGUGCGUAGAGUUAAUUCCAGCCCGGAAAUGUCUUCUAGCUGGCGCAACACUUUCCUUGCGAAUAAACCGGCUCCCCUGUCACAGGAGACAGUGGCUGCUGUAGAGGCCAAUUCGGAAACGGAAUUGCAUGCCCAGCAUCAGCAACAACUGCAGCAGAAAAAGAAGAGUGUACAAUACAGCAAGGUAAGCUGUGAGGCCAUACCCGAGGAAAUAGCGGGCUCUACACCACCUCAACAGGCCGGCAAAUCCGAUGGCACACUCAAAGCUCCCGAGGCCUUAACAUUGCCGCCCAAACAAUUAUCAGCCGAUGAUGUUAGCCAGAAAUCAACAACCGUACAGAUGGCUGUGCAACAAUCAGCUUCAGCCACUUCACUGAAAUCUACCGGCACUGGUAAUACAGGAGAAGAGAAAAUUGUGGCCAAACCGCCCUUGUCUCCUGCACCAAUACACUCACCACGCAUGGAGAAAUCGCAUGCGCCCGCCAUUAAAUCCACUUCCUUUGGUUACCACCAAGGUCUGGCCAAAUCCAGCAGUGGCGGCAAUAACUCCAAUAUGUCCUCCUCCCAGGGAGGGCCCAAUCAAAAUAAUGACUACAACAAUGGCGAAAUGCGUGGUCGCUCCAAAACAAUUUCUGUGGUAAGAGAGGUAAAUAAUGGCAAAACCCGACCAACCACUACCGCGUUCGCCAGAUAUGGAGCCCCCAAACCCCAGCUUAAUACCAAACUUUGCAUGAAUCCCAGUUUCGUGUUCAUGCAAUUGUAUCACACCGGACAAAUGCAGGUAACCGAUGUGCCCAUCAAAGUGCCUCCAGAACAAAUGAGUGCUGUUAAUUUGUUGGAUUUGGCACCACCCUUUGAGACCCACAAAAUUGGUGUUCUGUAUGUGGGCCAAGGCCAGUGUAAUAAUGUGGUAGAGAUAUUGCGUAACUCGCAUGGCAGUACCAGAUAUGUAGAGUUUUUACGCAGCAUUGGCACUUUGGUUAGUUUGAAAGAGGCCGCACAAAAUAAUUUGUUUGUUACACUCGAUACAGAUGGAGCGGAUGGUAAAUUUACCUAUAUAUGGAAAGAUGAUAUAGUGCAGGUAACUUUCCAUGUGGCCACUUUAAUGCCUACCAAACUGAACAGUGAUCCCAAUUGUAAUGAGAAAAAGAAACACAUUGGCAACGAUUAUGUUAAUAUUAUAUACAACGAAAGUGGUGAAGAAUAUAAUCUCAGUACAAUAUCGGGUCAAUUUAGUUAUGCCUGUGUCAUAGUAGAACCAUUAGAGCUUAAUACUAAUCGUAUUUAUGUCAAGGCUCGUCCCGAAAUUGCUGAGUUUGUAUGUCAUCCAGGACCGAAAAUUGUGUCCGAUAAAAGUGCUCCUCUGUUGGCCCGGCAAUUGGCUUUGCAUGCCAAUCUGGCUUCUAAUGUUUAUCAAAGUCUACAAAAGAAAAAUCCCUAUGCUUCCAACUGGUUGGAAAGAUUGCGCAGCAUUAAACGUUUACGCACUAAGCUUCUCGAAAAUCAAACUCGUGGCGGUUCUACCGCUGCCAAUGCCGAUAUUGACGAUAAACAAAAUACAAAUCGUGAUUUUUCAAAAUACACUUAAUUUAAUAGUUUGGUUUUUCAAUACGAUACGUUUUUUUUUCUUCUUUUUCCAAAUUAAACGCCGCUUUUGUUAAGUAGAUUUUAAGUUGAAUAAUACAUAUAACGAUAUAUACACAAAAACACGUAUUUAACGAAAAAAAAAUAAACGCUUUGUAGCUUUCUUAAAAAA